UCUUUUUCUUCCGGAAAAGGAACCCACAGCUAUGAUCAGCUCAACAAGCAGCGAACGAAUCCGCAUGAAGCUAGAUGGAUUAAACUCCUCACAGCUCACAGAAAGGAAAGAAAAUACGAGAUCAAAACCAUCCGGACAGUACAAGCAAGUUAGGGUUCGUCACCAGCCCCCGUCCGGACGGAUCGGCGGUCCAGCGGAGCGGAGAAGCCGUGGAGGAGGAGGACGACGGCGGCGACCGUGGAGUCAGAGGAGGAUCCCUUGGAGGCGGCGUUCCUCGGUGGAAGGAGGCCUGGACCCGGGGGCGGGUGCUCGGCCGGCGGAAGUGCGGAGCGCGACGACCGUCAGAGUGCUUUGUUAUUAUCGAAUCGUUUUUUAUUCGCUUUCUUAUCUCACCCACCCCGCCUCCCCUGUCACUAACAGGUGGGCCCUCGCUGACAGAACCCUCUCCAGCGCCUCUCUCUCUUUUCCUCGAGUCACCACCAGAAAGAGCAGCGGCGGCGUCCGGCGGCGCCGCGGCGAGCGCGAAGGAGGACAGGGACGAGCGGCAGGCCGGCGACCAGCAGCACCCCUCUCUUCUCCGUUGGUGAUUCCUCCCCAGGUUGGAAGGAUGAGGAAGGGACUUCAUCCCCAGAUGCAGUGGAUCUCGUACGUGACGCAGAGCGGCAGGCUGAUCAACAUCAUGAUGACCAAGGUGAACCACACCGGCAAAGUGUACCACAUGAGGGCGAAGCGGCAGAUGGCUCAGAGCCUGGGGCAGAUCGCCAAGUUCAAACGCCGAUACGAGCAGGAAGCGCCGGAGGAGAACCAAGACAAGUAGGGCAGUGCUGUUUGCAAAGGAGAUAUGCAUUCUCCUUAGCCUUAAGCUGCAUCAUCAGAUUUUAGUUAAUGAACUUUGUUCAUGGAAUUUUGUUUCCAUUCUCAGGGAUAAUGCUGUUUAAACCUCUGCAAGUUCGUGUCACUUGCAUGUUGGGAUUCUCAGAGCCAUAAAACAAAAGGAAAUUUUGAAGCCAAUUAAUUUCUGUUUCGCAUCA